GAUUAUAUAUCGAAUGAGUUUGUCUUACUCCAUUUGCAUGUGAUGCCGCUGUUCCCGCUACCAUAUCCAGCUCAUCUUCCAUCAUUACCAUUUCCAUUUCCAUUUCCCAACUUCUAACUGCUUCUCAAACAACAACAUGGUCCCUCUCCUUCUCCAUUUCUUCCUAUGCUACUAACAAUCCAAUUCAUCAGUUUCUUGAAUUUUGUUAAUUUCAUGUGAAAGUGACUGAUAUCUUGAGAAGAGAGAGAGAGAGGGUUUGUUACUUUACAUCAAGUGUUGUUAUUCUCUCUUCAAGUCAAAAUAUGGACAAGAAGCUAUCUCUCUUGUUCAUAUUUUCAGUAAUGUUGGUUAGUGUUGAAGCUGAACCAGUGGAAGAUAAACAAGCUUUACUUGAUUUUCUUCAUAAGAUGAGUCAUUCUCCACAUGUCAAUUGGGAUGAGAAUUCUUCUGUAUGCCAAACCUGGAGAGGAGUUACCUGCAACACCGAACGAUCUCGAGUUAUAGCGAUUCGGUUACCUGGAGCUGGAUUAAGCGGUCCAAUCCCACCGAACACGCUCAGUCGCCUCGCGGCUCUUGAGACAGUGAGUCUUAGAUCAAAUGGUAUCACUGGUUUUUUCCCUGGUGGAUUCUCUGAGCUGAAAAACUUGACUAGUCUUUAUCUGCAAUCUAACAAAUUUUCUGGACCAUUACCAUUGGAUUUUUCUGUUUGGAGUAAUCUUACUGUUGUCAAUUUGUCCAACAAUUUUUUCAAUGGUAGCAUCCCUUUUUCGGUUUCAAAUCUGACUCAUCUCAGUUCACUAGUCCUUGCAAACAACUCUCUUUCUGGUGCGAUUCCUGAUAUCGAUAUUCAUAGCCUUCGAGAGCUAAAUUUAGCAAACAAUAACCUUAGUGGUGUUGUGCCAAAAUCACUUCUUAGAUUUCCAAGUUGGGCUUUUUCUGGUAACAAUCUUACAUCGGUAAAUAGUUCACAUCCUCCGGCUUUGCCUAUGCAUCCACCUUAUACUCUUCCGCCUAAGAAAACCAAAAGACUCAGUGAAACUGCAUUAUUGGGAAUCAUCAUCGGUGUUUGCGCAUUUGGAUUUGCAGUGAUUGCGGUUGUCAUGGUUUUGUGUUGCUAUGACUUUGCUGCUGCAGGUGUAAAAGAAUCUGUGAAGUCUAAGAAAAAAGAAGACUCUAUGAUAGCAGAAACUUCUGCGAGCCGAGAGAAAAACAAAAUAGUAUUUUUUGAGGAGUGCAAUCUCGCGUUCGAUCUAGAGGAUCUUUUGAGAGCUUCUGCUGAGAUUCUUGGAAAGGGUAGUUUUGGUACAACAUAUAAAGCUGCUUUAGAGGAUGCAAGCACUGUGGUGGUGAAGAGGUUGAAAGAGGUAACUGUUGGGAAAAAGGAGUUUGAACAGCAGAUGGAAGUUUUGGGGAAAAUUAAGCAUGAAAAUGUUGAUGCAUUAAGAGCUUAUUAUUAUUCAAAGGAUGAGAAGCUAGUUGUAUCUGAUUAUUAUCAACAAGGAAGUGUUUCUUCCAUCUUACAUGGUAAUCGAGGGGACGGAAGAACUUCACUAGACUGGGAUAGCCGUUUAAGAAUCGCGAUUGGAACCGCAAGAGGAAUUGCUCACAUCCAUGUUCAACAAGGAGGGAAACUAGUUCAUGGAAACAUAAAAGCCUCGAACAUCUUUGUCAACGAACAAGGAUACGGUUGUGUAUCUGACAUAGGUUUAGCAACAUUGAUGAGUUCAAUACCUUCACCAGGGACAAGAGCAUCAGGAUACCGUGCACCAGAAGUAACUGAUACACGUAAAGCAACGCAUUCGUCUGAUAUAUACAGUUUUGGUGUCCUGCUACUCGAGCUUCUAACUGGAAAAUCGCCUAUAUAUUCGGCAGAAGGCGAACAAAUUGUUCACUUGGUUAGAUGGGUGAAUUCGGUUGUGAGGGAGGAAUGGACUGCAGAGGUUUUCGACGUGGAGCUUUUGAGGUAUUCAAAUAUAGAAGAAGAAAUGGUGGAGAUGCUACAGAUAGGGAUGGCUUGUGCAGCAAGAAUGCCAGAUCAGAGACCGAAAAUGUCUGAAGUGGUGAGAAUGAUGGAAGGGAUUCGUCCCGAAAAUCGACCAUCGUCUACUGAAUCUAGAUCAGAAGUUUCAACUCCAACUGUUUAUGCAACUUGAAUACUUUCUAAUUUGUACUUAUGUUUCAUGGUGUGAGAUUCUAAUCAUUGGCUUCAUUUCAGUUAGUAUUAACUUGUGAAGUUCUGUAGUUGUUAAGCAAUUAAAUUAAAUUAAAUUGGUGCUUGGUAAUUAAGCUAUUUUAUUGUAUUGUGUGGGUAGGGGAUUCUUCUGUGACUCUUUGGUGUGUUAUACUUAUUGAGUUGGGAUCUACAAUGUAUAUAGAACCCAACUACCAAGUUCUGAUAAAAUUCCCAAAUCAAAGUGUUUUUUGAGCUGCA